UGUUUCUUUAAUGUUGCUCAUAAGACGCUGAUCGCUGAAGUGCUACAGACAAAUAAGACGUAUAAAAUAGACAGAAUUCUGUCUUGCGUCGAUGGUACACAGUUUUAAUAUCAUUCUUUAAUCACCAGACUUCACAAUGGCGUGUCGUACCGUAUGUCGAACACUCCAUCGCGGGUUUGCAUCAAGUCCUGCGGUUGUGCGCCCCUCAUCUGGUGGUGUGCAUGGUCAGCGCAGUGCCGUGUUCUCCAGGGAGCAGGCUCGCCAGCGUGCCCUGUAUCCUCGCACAGAGAAGAUUGAGGUGGUGCUGCAUGGACCCGGACUGCACGGCACACUGCUCAUCAUGAACAAAGGAGUUUCCACACCACACAGUUGUGCACGCCACUUGACCGAGUGGCAUGUAAAGAGCUCCGCCCUGGCCUUGGUCGACGGAGAGCCUUGGCCACUGCACAAGCCUCUCAUUCAGUCCUGCUCCCUCUCCCUGCUCUCCUUCAAAGACAAAGAUCCCUCUCUGGUCAACCAGGCUUACUGGCGAUCGUGUGCAGCCCUUCUGGGCCAGGUGCUUGAAGAUGCCUUUAAAGAUGAGUACUCCGUGGAGCUGCUGGGAAUCCCAGAGCUGCCAGUAACGUCAGGUGCAUUCUGUUGUGAUUUUGUGCUGGAUCCUCAGUUAGAUUCCUGGAACCCUUCGGAGGAGUCUAUGUGCUCUCUGAUUCGUGGGGCCCAGCAGCUGAUCCAUCAGGACCUGCCAUGGGAGUCAUUGGAGGUGACGCCCUCUGUUGCUCUGGAGGUCUUCUCUCAUAGCAGGUGUAAGCAGGAGGAGGUGGAGGAGAAGGCAGCAAAAAGCAACAACGGUACAGUGGUGCUCUACAGGUGUGGGGAUCAUGUCCUGUUGAGUGGGGGCCCUCUGGUGGCCAGGACAGGACUGUGCUCUCAAUACGAGGUCACUGCCAUCCACCGUCUUGGGGAGGGCGCAUGGGGUCUCCACCGCCGGGCACAGGGGCUCUCCCUGCCCUUCCAGCUAGAGGCACACCACACUGUGUGGAGAAAACUAAGGAGCAGGGCAACAAAGCUGGUUACAAUGCCCAGGGAAUCAUCCAGCGGAGCUGUUCCAGAUUUGACAUUGACUCAGCCCCCAGCCCCUGUGCACACCCACCCCCCUGCCCCCCCACAGACAUAACCUGUUCAUCUUAUCUGUGGAAUAAAUGUGUACAAAAUCA